CGUUGUGUGCGGAAAAGCGGACGAUUUCGCUCGCCGCCACCCACACGUCAUAAUAUUAUCGUCGUACUACCUAUAGACGACGCCGGCGACUCGCGUGUUUUCCGCUAUUAUAACGCCGCUUAAAAUAAUAUUAUUGUUAUUGUUAUAAUUUUUUUUUUUUUUUGUCGUUGUUGUUCGUACAGUGGUGCUGUCUCGGUGUAGGUGGGUGGGGUGGUGCUGCAGGUGUUCGUGUUGUUGGUGUUGUGGGUGUUUAAGGUUUCCGCGGGUGUUCGUCGCGAUCUUCUCUCCCGCAUAGUGACGGUCCCGCUAGCCUUCUACCGGUCCGGCGCGCUCCGGCACCGCGGACGAUGACUGAUUCGCGUCCGACGCACGCCGACCGUCGUCAUCCGGCGGCGUCACCGCUGCCGGCCGCACCGGAAGCCACGUGACGUGGUUGCCACUGCUGCUGCGGCGGCGGCGCCUGCUGCAGGUCGCGACCGCGACGACAACCGGCGAGCUGCUCGCUUACCGGGCGGCGACCGCGGCCGCUGCGGCGGUGGCCCAACGAACGGCCGCGGCGGCGGCGAUGUACAGCAACGGUACCGGUGGCUCCGACUUCGGCGGAUUUAAUUACACCGACGAAUACACCGACGGCGGCAAUUGUUCCGUGUUCCCCGCGUCGCCGUCGUCCGUGUUCAACAACGCCACUGGCUGCUACGAUGAGCCCGUCGUCGUCAUCGUCAAGAACUAUUGGGCGCUGGGGCUGGUCGUGUUCCCAAUACUCACGCUGUUCGGCAACGUGCUGGUGAUAAUCAGCGUGUGCCGGGAACGGGCCCUGCAGUCCGUCACCAAUUACUUUAUCGUCAGCCUGGCGCUGGCCGAUCUGCUGGUCGCCCUCGUGGUCAUGCCGUUCGCUGUCUACGUGCUGGUGAGUGCAUCGCACUGCAUGCUGCGCGCGCAUCUGUCGAAAUAUUGCAGACCAUUCGUUCGAUAA